AUGGUCCUAAUUACUAAAGUCUUGGAUGGGAACAACUACAAUUGUUGGAAAAGGGAUAUGCUUCGAGCUUUGAAUUCCAAGAACAAGCUUGGUUUUAUCAAUGGCACAAUUGAGUCUCCUUUAGAAAAGACUGAUCCAGAUUACUACAAAACAUGGACUCGGGUCAACGACUUAGUGCAGCAGUGGAUCACCAAUGCUGUCAGUCAAGACAUUGCUGAAAGUCUCACCUAUUACUCUUCCGCUCAAGAGGUAUGGGAGGACUUACAUGAACGAUUUUCACGAGGUAAUGUCUCUCGAAUUUUUGAGAUUCAGCGAGAUAUAGCUUGUCAUAAUCAGACUAAUGCAAUUUGUAAUGGGUUUGAUGAAUUGACUUUCUAUUAUGAGGUUUCACACAGCUCCCAAGGAAAUCAACAGAGACUAAUGCAAUUUGUAAUGGGUUUGAAUGAUACUUACAGUGUUAUUCGCAGUCAGAUUCUUUUGAUGAACCCUUUGCCUACAGUCCGCCAAGCUUACGUUGUUAUUACCCAAGAAGAGAAGUAG